AUGAUCUCAGAGUCUAGGACAAAUCUAACAGAAAAUGCGCACACCACAGAACCAAACGUCGUGGUAGAAAGCGACGAUUCAUCUAAUCGAAAAAAUUCAACACAAGUGGAUCUCAACAUCGGCGAUAUUGUACAAUCAAUCACCAGGCUUGAUUUGAACAGUUAUGCAUCACGGAAAUCCUUCGCUCAAGGAAUGUUGGAUUUGGCAGUACUGACAGCGAACGCAUCUCAACUGAAGUACCUUCUGACGGUUGGCGAGGCGCAUGAAUUCUACUAUCUGCUGAUGACAUUGGUGUUACUCUCCAUUUCGUUGCAAGUGUUUCAAGCGGUGAUGAUAAUAAUUUUGGCCAUCGUACUCGAUGUGAACAAAGUUGAGCAACACAGGAAAACCGAUAUCGUUAACAAUAUUUUGAUUAUCUUCACUGUGAUUAGCGUAGUGAUGAACAUCAUAAUUAGUGCCUUCGAUAUGAAAACUCAGGGUGAUCUUUUACGGCUAUAA